GUGAACCCUCAGUUUCUUAGUCUACCCUAUGAGCUCACUCUGAGAGGUGUGGCAUUCUGGCAUCGGCUUUCUUUCAUUCACUCUCCUUAGCCCACACUCACGCUUAAAAGGGAUUCGGAGACAGACGCUUGCUUCCAAUCGUGGCUGAGAGAGUGAUUCGUCUGGGGUAGAGCUGAUUGUUCUGUAUUUCACUAGCCGACAAAUAAAAGACAGUACUGAAGAAUCGAGUUUAAAGAAAGCGUCUAAAGAAAAGAUAAAGAUGCCACAGAACGUGGUGCUGGACGGUCCAGCCCCUUGGGGAUUUCGGCUUUCUGGAGGCAAGGACUUCAACCAGCCGCUGACUAUAACUCGGGUGACACCCGGCAGUAAGGCAUCACUGGUCAAUCUGUGCCCGGGUGACAUCAUUUUGGCCAUCCAGGGAGCGUCGACAGAGAGUAUGACUCAUGCCGAAGCUCAGAACAAGAUUAAAGACUCCACCAAUCAGCUUGUCCUCAAGCUAGAGAGGCCAGAAACGAAACUCUGGUCACCUCAAGUUAUGGAAGAGGGCCAAGCGCACCCUUUCAAAAUCAAUCUGGAGUCAGAAAAGCAAGACAUCGAUUACUUCGAACACAAGUUUAAUGUCCGACCAAAGCCCUUCAAAUCUGCAAGCCAAAGCAGUACAUCGCAGAGGUUGAUGGGAAAUGUAGUUCAGGUGCCAUCAGCUGUGUGUAAUGCAGUUGCUGACCCCAGCAAAAAUGAGACCCUGGUUCUUUCUGCUCAGUACAACACCCCUAUUGCAUUAUACUCAGCAGACAAUGUCUCAAAUACACUCCAGCAGGCUCAGAUGUCCGCUGUAGUCAGGCAGGUAUCUCCCAGCCCUAAAACCCUGCAAUCCAUUGAGGAGUCUCACGUGUACCGAAUGCUCCAGGAGGACCAAGAGCAACCACAUGAACCACGUCAGUCAGGCUCUUUUAAGGCUCUCCAGGAUUAUGUGGAGAGUGAUGGCACAAAGCCUAUGGUGACUAGAAGUGUAAAGGCCCCAGUAACAAAGCCCCAAGCAGCCACAGCCUCACUACAGAAGCUGCCUCUCUGUGAUAAAUGUGGUACCGGCAUUGUUGGAGCUGUUGUGAAAGCCCGGGACAAGUACCGCCAUCCCGCCUGUUUCGUGUGUUCAGACUGCGGUUUGAACUUGAAGCAGAAGGGCUACUUCUUUGUGGAGGGACAGAUGUACUGUGAAACCCACGCUCGGAUGAGAAUGUGCCCACCCGAGGGACACGACCUAGUUACAGUGUAUCCCACAGCUUAGACUCCCAUGACCCAUGUUAUUUACAGCUAAUAUUAGAAUAUUCUUAAUUCUUCUUUUUCCAUUAAUCGCAUAUUUGAGUAAAGGACAUGGCUCAUAUCCAAACUUCAAAGGGGAUGUAGGUUUAUCAGGGGAAUACAAGACAGUGAUUCUCAAAGCUUAAAUCCAUUUAAUUGAAAAGAAUUGAGCAACCAAGUUUCUCGUCGUACAUAAUGCAUCACAUAUCAGGCACCUACACUGAAGAAUACUUCAACAUAACCUAAUCUCUUUGGGUUUAAAUUAUUCUCUAAAUAAAUAAGCAUUUAUUAUAAGAUUGUGUUUUAUAAAAAAGACAUUCGAUUUCAAAAUCUGUUUUAUUGAAAUAAUUAUUUUAUAAUCACCCAAAAUUUUUAAUAUGCCAUCACAGAGGGGAUUUGAUUGUAGUUUGUUGAAUUGACAACCCUGUCAAAUAAAAGAUGAAAAGAAAGUCUUAACAUUUGUUAGCAAAUGAUUUUAGAUAAUUAUUACCUAUAUAUUGAACCGUGCAACAACAAUCUAUUGAACCAUUUUACUAAACCCCUGAUGAGUCCAGACAUCAGGAAAAUAUCAGUCUAUGCACGAGUUUUCAAUUUUAAAAUUGAAACAGGUGAAGUUGAUGUAUUAUUUAUGUGACGAAAAAAGGAUGCACGUUUGUGUAAGAUUUCUGAACUGUACAAACCAGAAGCAAUUAUACCCAACAAAUGGGGAAGGGGUGGCUCUUUAUAAAAAAUAAAAUAGUCACUAUGUUUUAA